AUGGGUGUUGCCUCCAUCAACGCCACCUUUUGGAACCGACUUUUAACCCUUUUCGCGUACCGAGUAACGCGAUAUCGGUAUUUUCGUCUUUCAGGCCCAGGCUCGGGAUCAAUUGUUUAUGUGACAUCCAAACUAUGCAUCAAGGCAUCACGCUUCACAACGCUCGCCGAGGCAAACGCGAUGCAAUUCGUAUCUCGGAAUACCUCGAUACCAGUCCCGAAGAUAUACUGCGCCUUCAAACACAAGGCUAUCACGUAUAUUGUCAUGGAGAGGAUCGACGGUACAAUGGCAAAUGAUGGCUGGGGUUUCCGGUCGCCAGAGUCAAAGAUGCGAAUUCUAGAGCAGCUAAAAUCAAUGAUCAACCAACUUCGCAACAUUCCGCCACCAGACGACAUCGGGGUCGCGAAUGUCGACGGUGGGCCGAUUUUUGAUGAACGUCUUCCGAAUAAGUCCAUCUGGGGUCCUUUCCGAACCAUCAACGACUUUCACAGGGAGCUUCGAGAUGGGAUCGAGGCCAGCCAGCUCGACGACACAUCUGCGACGGGGCUUCGUGAGCUGUGCGCUUUCCACGAUGAGCCGUGGCCGAGACCCGUCUUCACACAUGGCGACUUGAGCAGUUUCAACAUCAUGGUUCGGGGUGACGAAGUCGUGGGUAUCAUUGACUGGGAAACGGCAGGGUGGAUGCCGCCGUACUGGGAAUACGCUUCAGCCUGGAAUGCUGCUCCGAUGAAUGAGUUUUGGCAGGACGAGGUGGACAAGUUUGUUACGCCUAUGCCGCGAGAGUUGGAAAUGGAAGCAAUCAGACGGAGAUGGUUUGCAGCAAUCUAA